CAAUUAUUUUAAUUUCAUUUUUUUUUUAUUUGAAAAAAUGGAACCCAAUAUUUGUGCAAUUCAAAUGAUCCAACACCUAGUUUUGGGCGAAUUGUUCUCUCCUCCAUAUCCAGCCAUUGUCAGCCAUAGUUCUCACAAAGUUGUGUUUGGGUCUCUCACAUUUCACAAUCUGCUGUUUAUUUCUCAUCAGUCUCUCAUGGAUAAAGACUUUUAGAGAGAGAGAGAGAGAGAGGAUGUUGCAAAGAGCAGCAAGGAAUGCAUAUUCAUGGUGGUGGGCCAGCCACAUCAGGACAAAGCAGUCAAAAUGGUUGGAUCAAAACAUCAUAGAUAUGCAGGAGAAGGUGGAGUACAUACUCAAAAUCAUCGAGGAGGACGGGGACUCCUUUGCCCAAAGGGCAGAAAUGUACUACAGGAAGAGACCGGAACUAGUGAACUUUGUGGAAGACUCUUUUCGAGGGUACAGAGCUUUGGCAGAGCGGUAUGAUCACCUAUCAAGAGAGCUACAAACCGCAAAUAGAACCAUUGCCACAGUUUACCCUGAACAAGUACAACUCGCAAUGGACGAUGAAGAUGAAGAAAGUUUCCCAGCAAUGACAUCGAUUCCUCCUUGUGAUCCUCAAAAAUGCCCAAAGAAUUUACCAGCUGCCCCAAAGUUAGACAUCCCGAAAAACCGCAAAAUCCCACUGAAAAGUUCCAAGGACCCAGAUAGAUCAAUUUCGAAAAAGGGACUGCUCAAAAUGAGUGUUCCCACCAAUGCUACAGAUACAAAUUUGGCGGCAGGCAUAACCAAGGGGCUGGAGGAAAUUGAUAAGCUUCAAAAGAGCAUUUUGGCUCUUCAAACCGAGAAGGAGUUUGUGAAAAGCUUGUAUGAAAGUGGGGUUGCGAAGUAUUGGGAGAUCGAAGAGAAGGUCACAGAAAUGCAAGCAAAAGUUAAUGACUUACAAGAUGAGUUUGGCAUCGGUACAUUCAUUGAAGAUGAUGAGGCUCGAACAUUGAUGGCUGCCACGGCCUUGAAAUCGUGCCAGGAGGCCUUGAUUCAGUUGCAGGAGAAACAAGAGCACUUAAACGAAGAGGCUAGAGCGGAGCACCAAAGAAUUAAAGAAGCUCAUGAGAAGUUGGAGAUUCUCAAGGGAAACUCUGGCAACAAAAAAUGCCUCUCGGAGAACCUUGAGUGUGGGAGCACUAGCAUGGAUUUAAGGGACUCGGAGCAAGAGAGUCAUGAUGUGGAAUUGUUGAGGGAAAAGAUUAAAGAACAAUUGAAAGUGGAUUCUAGUACAUCUCUUACAAUGUCGGAGUUCGCAGAGAAGAUUGAUGACCUUGUUGACAAGGUUAUUACUUUGGAAACCGCGGUGUCUUCACAGAAUGCUUUGGUGAAAAGAUUGAGAUCGGAAACAAGCGAGAUUCAAGCAAAUCUUCGGAGUAUGGAGGAGGACAAGGAGGCUCUAAUCGAGGGGUUGGAUAGCAAGAGCAACAAGAUAAGAGAGUUGGAGCAAGAAUUGGUUAGGAUUCAAAGUCUCCACCAAAAUGUCAACCAACAAAACAGGAAUCUCCAGAUUCAUGUCACUGAAGCAAAUUUCAGCGUUGAUCUUCUCUCUGAAAAACUGGAAACCGUGAAGCAGGAUGAGGAGGUCGACAAUCCGAACAAUCACCUUGUUAAUCUUUCCUCUACUGGCCACGAUUCAGCGGUCUCAAAAGAUGCGGAAACAGGAGAGAAAGCAAAGAAAGAUGACACUCUGGUUCAAAGCGCUUCAUUCAGAAUUGAGGAUGACAACUUUGUUGUGUUCAAUUUGAGCAGUCAUGUUGGUGACGUUUUGUUACCAGUUGUAGGGAGAGAUGAUUAUCCUGAUCAUAAAAAUCCAUUUAAAGCUGAACAAGAAUUCUCAUUUCAGCUCAAUCCGUUGGAACACGUUGAAAAUCUUUCGGUAAAUGGCCAAGUUGAGGCAGCUUUGGGUACCAAUCCCUUUGAUGAUGAUCCGAGAAAAGGUCAGGUGAUAGAGGAUCAAGAAGUUGAAAAAGAGAGAACAUUGAAAGAGCAUGAAGGUGUCACCGGGCCUAGUAAUGACUCAGUUAUCUCAAACGAUGUGAUUAUGGAACAAAAGAACAAUGAAGACACGGUGGAUCCUGCUAAUGAUUCACCGAUCACAAAAGAUGCAAAAGCAACAAAGGAAGCAAUGAAAGAUGAAUCAAACCCAAGUAAAUUGGAGUCGCGAGAAGUGGAAACUGAGGAUGAAAGCCAACCAGAUUGGAGGCAACUGUUCAUGAAUGGAUUGGAUGACAGAGAAACGAUGCUGUUGCAGCAGUACACUACAAUUCUCAGGAACUUUAAGGAAACAAAGAAGAGGCUUAGUGAAAUGGAGAAGAAAAACCACGAUAGCCUCUUCAAAUCCACGUCGCAGAUCAAAGAACUGAAAAAUUCUAAUGCACUGAAGGAUGCGGAGAUUCGAUCUUUGCAUAAAAAACUCAAAUUGCUCCAAACGUGUCUCGAGGAAACUCUAGACACCGAGCAGGAAGGUCCUGUGGAGAGCGUGACAAGUGAAGAAACUGAUCAAAAGCCAGUCUCUGAUUUGCUAGAUGGACACAAAGUUGAAUCUCCAGAAAGCAAAGAAGACUCAAAUGAACCAGAAUCAAUUAACUUUCCUGGAAAAGGAGAAGGCAAGAAAAAGGUAGUUUCAUGCGUUGAACCUUGUGUCCUUUCAAGGGUUGAAGAGAAGAUUCGCUCCGACAUUGAUGGAUUGCUUGAGGAAAACAUUGAGUUCUGGUUGAGAUUUAGCACCUCACUUCACCAAAUACAGAAAUUCCAAAAUUCAGUUGGGGAUUUAGAAGAAGAAUUAGCUAAAGUCAUGGAAACCAAGAAACAAGAAGGGAGUUCUAAACGCCAUUCGCUGAAUUCAGAUGUUCGUCCAAUAUACACACACCUAAGAGAAAUACGAACUGAAUUGGCAAUGUGGUUGGAACAUAAUUCAUUAAUAGAAGAUGAGUUGCAAAACAGAUUGUCAUCGCUGUCAAACAUUCAAGAAGAGAUAUCAAGGCUUUCGAAUGCAGGGUUGAAAGAGGAAGAAGAAGAAAGUGAACUGAGUGACUAUGAGGCUGCGAAGUUUCAAGGGGAGGUUUUGAACAUGAAGCAAGAGAACAACAAGGUUGCGUAUAAAUUUCAGGCGGGGCUUGAACGCGUUAAAGAAUUGCAAGGUGAGAUCACGAAGAUACUUGAGAAUUUGGAGGAAGAAUUGGGGAUUUCGUCUGGAACGAAAAAUCGGCCAUCAAAGAAUUCUUCUAGUCGGAGGAUCCCGUUGCGGUCUUUUCUGUUUGGAGUUAGGUUGAGGAAGCAGAGUGCAUCAUUGUUCCAGUGCAUGAGUCCUUCACUGCAAAAACAGUACAGUGACUUGACUUCAAUGCCUCCACCAACAUAGUUUGGGUUUUGUUUUUGUUUUUGUUGUUGUUGAUUAGAGUGUAAUUUGAGAUAGUCUGGUGUUAAAUUGUUCCCAAGUAAAGCAGUUAUUCAUAUUUUUCAGUCCAAUCGAAUUUCAAAAAACUUGAUUCUAUAACAAAAACUAAAGCUAGGAAACCCAGCUUCAACAAUGUUGUUCCACUAGCAUAAAUGUUAUUUUGACACUUCUAGGCCAUUGCUUUGGUGCCGUUUAACAA